GUCGAUUUCUCAAAUACGCAUAGUUCUACUACCAAAAUCAAUAAAUGUCUCGUGAAGAUGUGAACUUGUCUAUUUUUCCCAAUAAAAAAACCUCUUUUUAUAUUUUUUCUCCGAAAACGAAAUCUUUUGCCUCGUCGAAGAAGCUUGACUCAGGCUAGAAUCCUCACGAAAUCAUUUUCUUCUUCUUCUUUUAUUCCUCUAAGCUCAUUCUUCAACUGAAGAAGGAGAAGAAUAAAACAAAGAAGAUACCUUUGCUGGAUUUCUUUUUACGAGAUGAAUGAGAGAUUAAAGCCCAAAAUCAGAAAACACAGUAAUUUGUUCUCCGAGUCGAAGAAGGUCGCGGUUUCAAUUCUCUCUGUUUUGUUAAUCUUCGCCUUUGUCAAUACCCUCUUCUACCCAAGUUUUUACUCUGAUUCGGGUUCUGUUCAGCGCAAUCUCGUCGAUUCCCGAGAAAAAUUAGACUUUCCGAGGAAAUCGCAUAAAACGAGGGUUUACAUGUACGACUUGCCAACGAAUUUCACUUACGGAGUUAUCGAGCAGCACCGCAUAGCUCGCGGCGGGGAGAAAUCCGAUAACGUCACCGGGUUGAAUUAUCCGGGUCAUCAGCAUAUGCACGAGUGGUAUCUCUUCUCGGAUCUUACCCGACCCGAAAUCGAACGGGUCGGUUCACCAAUCGUCAGGGUUUUUGACCCGGUGGAAGCGGAUGUUUUCUACGUCUCGGCUUUCUCUUCUCUAAGCUUGAUAGUGAACUCGGGUCGACCCAGAUCCGGGUCGGGUUACAGCGAUGAGGACAUGCAGGAGAGCUUGGUGAGUUGGUUGGAAAAUCAAGAAUGGUGGAGGAGAAACAACGGGAGGGAUCAUGUGAUUGUCGCCGGUAACCCGAAUGCGCUGAAACGGGUCAUGGAUAGGGUCAAGAAUGCGGUUUUGCUUGUUGCGGAUUUUGGCCGGUUAAGAGCUGACCAAGGGUCGCUUGUGAAGGACGUAAUCAUACCUUACUCUCAUAGGAUUGAUGCUUAUGAAGGCGAACUUGGUGUAGAAAAGAGGAACACAUUCUUGUUCUUUAUGGGAAACCAUUAUCGCAAAGAUGGAAGCAAAGUCAGAGAUUUGCUUUUCAAGCUGCUUGAGAAGGAAGAUGAUGUUGUGAUCAAACAUGAAUCACAGUUAAGAGGGAAUAUGCGAGCGGCUAAACAAGGGAGGCAUACAUCUAAGUUUUGUCUACAUCCACCUGGUGAUACUCCUUCUGCUUGCAGAUUGUUUGAUUCCAUCGCGAGUUUAUGUGUCCCGGUGAUUGUAAGCGAUGGCAUCGAGCUGCCUUUCGAAGAUGUUAUAGAUUACAGAAAGUUCUCUGUGUUCUUGAGGAGUGAUUCUGCUUUGAAGCCCGGGUUUUUGGUUAAGAGGUUGAGAAAAGUGAAGCAAGAGAAGAUUUUAAAGUACCAAAAGGCUAUGAAAGAGGUGAGACGAUACUUCGAUUAUGCGCAUCCAAAUGGAACUGUGAAUGAGAUUUGGAGGCAAGUUACUCAGAAGGUACCCUUGAUCAAACUUAUGAUCAAUCGUGAAAAGCGAAUGAUCAAGAGAGAAUCAAAUGAAGGGCAGUGUUCUUGUUUAUGCUCAAACCAAACCGGUAUCAUCCAUGGUGUUUAGUAGCUGCUUAAAGCCUUUUUGUUAAAGUUGAAUGUGCACAUUAACCCAUGACGAAUCAAGAACCAAGUCGGAAGGUCAUGCGAUAAGUACUUGUACAGGUCUCUUGGAACCCGCAAAGAAUAACUUAGCAAGAGAGAACCACUUGUAAGCGACUGAGCAACAAAAGAUGAGAGUAUAUAGUACUUGUAGAUCUUCAAGCAAUGUUCCAUCUCUGGAUCCUCUCGGGAUCAUCGGCAAAAAUCUGUUCUUUCUCUCAUGAAAUUGUUACCGAACUCACCUUCAAGGUUCUUUUACAUCACAAUAAGUCUGCCUUAAGUCAGGAGCUUCUCCAUUUCCACAAGCUCCUGCAUGCACCACAAGGAUCGCAAUCCUUUGAUUCUUUUAUCUCCUUCAAAAGAUGUGUUACUGGUUGCCUAUGAAGACUUUGAACUCUCCACAAUUGAUGACCGUCUCUAGUGUUUGGAUAAAGCUGAGAAGCCGCCCUUCUCGGGCUAAGCUCUCGACUGACACUGAUAAACACAUGAGGUUGGCUUUGGCUCCGUCAUGGCGGGUUGUUUUCGGACUUGUUGGUUUUGGCGUGAGAUGCAAGCAUACUGAAGAAGAAGUUGGUUUUCGGGUUUUUCUUGUUUUAGUUUAGAUAAUUGAGUAAUCUCAUAGUCAUAGAUACUUGACACAAUAUAUGUCAUCUACAAUAAUAACAACGAUGGAAAAGAGCCACAUUGUGGAUAAGUGGAUUAGUUAGAGUGAUAACCA